AUGGGCUCUGCAGGAGGUAAGAAUAAAAAACCUGCACCCAUUAAGAUUGAACCUAAAAUGCCAUCUCCGGCACCAUCUGAAGGCAGUGAUGAUAAUGACAACGAAAACCUUUCAUCACAUGAAGAUCCAGAUAACGAUCAGGAAGACGCCGAAUCCUCAUUAAGCGAAGAUUCUGCGAAUAGAGACAACGCACCAUCACUUUCUAAUAGUCAAUUACAACCAUCGGCUCCGGCUCAUAGCCAACAAGUAGGUAGAGUUCAUACAAACACUUCAACUUACUCUCGUACUUCAUCCAAUAGAAGACGCAACUCGAGGAUUGUCAGAAGCGCUGGGAACACUACCUCGUCUGAUAGUGAAAAAGAACUUGAUCAAGGUAGUUCGCAUCGAAAUUCCAUCCAGGGUAAAAAUGAUGCAUCUGGAAGGAAUGAUGCAUUAAGAACAAAUCAGGGACAUGCUUUAAAUUCUCCAAAUAAUUAUACCGACCAAUUGCACACAAUAACUAUUGCUGGGCACGAUAGCAAAAGCAACUAUUGUGAUCAUUGUCCUCAUUGUGAAGCCUACAAGCAAAAAGUCAAUGCAAACAGAGGCCCAACACCACAAUGGAUUUCAAGAAAGCCUCCAUUAGCUAAACAAGAAAUCAAUAUGGAUGAAUACGAUGAAGACGCCACAACAAACAGACCUCGUAGAUAUAUGCGUGUUGCAGGCGCUUAUGAUUACGGAGGUACACAUGCUACAGAUGGCAUUGAUAAUCAUGAUAAAAAACCAACAGAAUAUUUUAAAUUACCGAUGAUUAUUCAAUCUGGAUCAUCUAUUGCACCAACACAUACUCCAUAUCCGAAUUAUGCUGAACUAAAACGUCGUGAUCAAUAUUUAAGGAAAAUCUCUUGA